AUGUAUUUCAAUAAUGAGAAACCGAAGCCAAUCGGGCAGCGAUUCGAGGGCGGAAAACUGUUGAAAAAGGUGCACAAAAGCAUUGAGCAACUGAAGAAACACGAUCCCGACGUCGAACCAUCCGCCGAGCCAACCAACUUCCUACUGGUGAGCAACAGCAGUGUUUUGUGCGGUGUGUCGCUCGAGGAGCUCGAGCACAUAUUCCUGCCGCUCGACGCCGAGUGCCAGUUCAUCGUCUACCCGUGCAAACGCUCCUACUCGUUUGUGCAUUGCAGCUCGGCGGAAAAAGCGCUGAAAAUUCGCGACGAGUUGAACGGACUCGUGCAUCCGUCGCUGAAACAAUCCCAUCAGCCAUUCGUGAUCACUUUUGUGAAAAAUCUGCCACGCGAGCGACUCGUUGAAAACUAUCGACCAGGCGAUCUCGAAAUUCACGAAGAAUACGUUGAUGAGAAGCAGGAGAAGGCGCUCAUCGAAUUCAUACGGAAUCACGCGAAUCUGCAAUUCUUAAAGCAUCGAACCGUCGUUCAUUUCGCUAACGAGUUUGACUAUGACACGAACUCGGCGAGCAGUUUCAAGCCGGCUCAACCGAUUCCCGAAAUUUUGGAGGAAUUGAUCGAACGAAUGAUGACGGAUGGGAUAAUGAAGGAGAAACCGGAUCAAAUCACUGCGAAUUUGUAUGAUCCAGGCCAUGGAAUACCAUCGCAUUACGACACGCAUUCAGCAUUUGAGGAUCCCGUAGUGUCCCUAAGUCUUGAAUCCAACGUUGUGAUGGAAUUCAAAGACGGCGCGAAUUCGGCAAGAAUCGUGCCAGUGCUUCUCAAACGGCGCUCGCUAUGUCUGAUUCAGGGUGAAGCGCGAUAUCGCUGGAAGCAUGGCAUUGUGAAUCGCAAAUUCGACGUUGAUCCGCUCACCGAUCGAGUGAUGGCGCGAAAACCGCGAAUCUCGAUAACGUUUCGAAAAAUCCGCACGAGACCUUGCGAAUGCGCGUGGAAGGAGUAUUGCGAUUGGGAUAGGCGGGGUGAAAUGAAAGUGCCAUCAAACGAGGAAUUGGCGAGAAAAAUGGAAGGCUCGUACGUCUCCGAUGUUUAUGAAAACAUCGCCGAGCAUUUCGACGAGACGAGACAUUCGAAUUGGAAGGCGGUUCAAAGAUUUAUCGACGAGAUUCCAAAAGGAAGUGUAGUUUAUGAUGUCGGUUGUGGUAAUGGCAAAUAUCUUGUGGCGAAAGACAAUUUGAUUAAGAUUGGUUGCGACAUGUGUCAAGGAUUGUGCGAAAUUGCCAAUAAAAAGGGUUGCCUCGUUUUUCGCUGCGACGCGCUCAAUCUUCCAUUCCGCGAUGAGUCGGCCGACGCGGCCAUCUCGAUCGCCGUCCUUCAUCACAUCGCGACGUUCGAACGACGAAAGCGGAUGAUUGACGAGCUUUUGAGGGUCACAAAAUCCGGCGGAAAAAUUUGUGUGACGGUCUGGUCGAUGGAUCAAUCGCAAUCGCAAUACGCCAAAAUGCGCGGCAAUAAGGACGAAAUUGCCAACGAAAAUGCGAAGAAUGAUCGCCUAAAAGUGCACGAUGGAAAGGAUUUCGAGCAGCAGGACGUGUUGGUCCCUUGGAUUAUCGACCAGAAAAAUGAGACAUAUUUGAGGUAUUAUCACGUUUUUCGAGAGGGUGAAGCUGAGGAAUUGAUCGCGGCGAUUCCGAAUUGCAAAUUAAUUAGUGUGGCGAAAGAACAGGGCAAUUAUGUGAUCAUUUUUGAAAAAUUGUUAUAG